CGGCAGGAAGUCAGACAGCAGAGCGUCAGACAAGCAGUGGGACGACGCAUCAACCAGGUCUCACAGGAGCAAGAAGAAGGAAUUUGACAGUAUGUCUGCGAAGACGUAUUCUACAUACAGACCUCCAAUUGUGGAGGACGCAUCGUCUACGUCGUCUGGAAGUGUGGGAGAAGUGAGAUGGGGCGGGAGUGAUAAGAGUGCAAGUCACAAGAGCAGAAGCAAAGACGGCAGUGCGAGGGGAUGGGAAGGCAGUCAGGCCAACUCGCAACAUUGGAACGACAGCGUGAAGGGGAGUGAGAAGGGCUGGAGCCAGAGCGCACACGACGAGGCCACCUCCCAGCACUGGUCUGGCAGCGCACAUGAGAAGACUACUUCCCAGCAAUGGGGCGGCAGUCAGAAUCGCUCUCGUGUGGGAGCCGCCAGCGAGACGAGUACGAGGUCUCGGGGAAGUCAGGGUCGGCGUCGUGUCCCCAGCGAGCAGAACUGGGAUGGCUUCGAGCGGGUCAAGACGGCCAGCGAGGUUAGUGUUGCGGGGAGUGACGGGAGUGGGCGGACUUCUUUCGGGGACCGGUCGUGGGGUGGUGAGGGGCGGAGCAAGAAGAAAAGCGACGAUGGCUGGGGCGGAAGUGGCGGUGGUGGUGAGCAGCGGAGCGAGUGGGGAAGGAACGAGGCGACGCCAGAGGGGGUGUGACGUUGACGAGCAUUGAUGGAUUACGCGAUGGGUUGGACUGGGGAAAGGAUUGAUCACGAACUCUAAAAAGCCAUGUACGAUUGCGCGCA